CGAUGGGGUAAAAAAAAAAAAAAAUUCGUUUGACGCACAUCAUUUUUCUUGGAAAUUUUGACAUUUUAAUCGACCAAAAUGUUUUCAAUGAAUUUCACGACAUUUUGUACAAACAUUUUACGGAAAAUUUUCUAACUAUUUUUUCCUUCCUGGCUUUAUUUAUGUUUGUACUUAAUUUCAUAAUUAAUUGUGCGACAAUAAUCGAAGUGUAAUCGUGAUAAGGCACUAGAAAAGGUCUAAAACCGGUUUUGGCUGUCGUUCAAGGUUGGGUGCAAAAUCGGGAGAUACCGUAUGAGGGCGCUGUUUUCUCAUCAGGGUUGCUCUUGACGCACGUUCUUUGACUCCAGCCAUGGUUUCCAUGCCAACCGAGCAGCCACAGCAGACGCUCAAAGGUGAACAAUAAUAUGCACGUUUUGCGGUAAUUCUGUUGAAACAACGAGUAAAAUUCAAUAUGCUGUGGCUACGGACUACAUUAUGAAAGAAGAUAUUUGAGAAGCGGAUUGAGAACGUUCGUGACGCGUGUUGCUUUUGUCAGUCGCAGUUAUAUGCCUUUAUUGUCUUAUAUCGCUCACUUUCAUCUUUUGAAAAGUGCGCACAACCACUGUGGCCUGGUUUUGUUGGCAGAUAUGUUCAAUAAUUUAAGAUAGAACAGCAUUCAGGUUCGUCAUGACCGAAGUUCGUAUCCGCGUGGCGGUUCGGUUGCGUCCCCUCCUCCCCAGGGAGCGCCUUCACGCCCACCGAGAAUGUCUACGGGUGGUCCCUGGCGCCCCGCAGGUCAUCCUCGGCUCCGACCAGGUCUUCUCCUUCGACCACGCAUUCGGGCCGAGCGCAAGCCAGGACGAAGUGUACGAUUCGUGCGUGCGGCCGCUGACCAGGUGCCUGCUGGACGGAACCAACGCCACUGUCUUCUGCUAUGGACAGACCGGCUCUGGGAAAACAUACACGCUUGGUGGCAACAAGAUGGUAGAUGCAGAAGGCGGCAUCAUAUCAUGCUUGGCCAAGGACGUGUUCUCACUGCUGGACAAGCAGCGAUCUGAGGGCGUAGAGAUUGCUGUACGGGUGUCGUAUUUGGAACUGUACAAGGAGGAGCUUCGUGACCUGCUGGAGCUCGACACCUCCCGCAAAGAACUUCAGAUCAGAGAUGAUUUUCGGGGGAACACAGUGGUCGUUGGUGCCAAAGAAGUGGCGGUCUCCUCCUGUGACGAGCUCCUUAACGUCUUGGAGAUGGGCAAUGCUUUGCGCCAAACGGGUGCCACCCGAAUGAACGAGCACUCAAGCCGUUCGCACACCGUCCUCACACUGUGGCUCCGACAGAGUGCCUCUGCAGGGUCUGACAGGCCUGAACGCUUCUCUAAAUUCUGCGUGGUGGACCUAGCUGGCUCAGAGCGCGUGGGCAAGACUGGAAAUACAGGAGUCCGUUUUGAGGAGUCAGUGCACAUCAAUACAGAUCUGCUAGCUCUGGGAAACGUCAUUCGGGCCUUGGCCCAACCUGGGCGACAACGCAGCUCCUACAUUCCGUACCGCCACGCAAAGAUCACCCGUCUCCUGCGGGAUUCGCUGGGCGGUAACGCCUGCACCCUCAUGGUGGCGUGCGUGAGCCCCUCUCACCACAGUUUUGCUGAGAGCUUGAGUGUACUCAGGUUUGCCUCCAAGUCUCGCCGCAUUUAUCACCAUACCGAGUUGGCAACGCCGGAACCUGAUUGUGAUGAGGCUUUAACUACCAUGCUGACUUCUGCUGACCAGCCUAAAUAUGACGUUCAGCCUCUAAGGCCAUCAGGACGUGAUUUUACUCCACACCAAGACGUGAUCCACAGAGAAGAGUCAACCUAUUUAUCACUUGUACAUCAAGCUGCAGAUCUCUUAUCAGAGGCAUGCGGAACAGACACGCAAAAUGACACUUUGACACAAAGAGUGCAUGAGUGGCAGGAGCGGGUAAAGGCCAUCAGUCAACCACGUUGCAGCAAAGACAUCAUCUUGUCAGACAAGGGAGAUUCACCCCAUCUGGUCACCAUUGUACAGCUCAGACAGGAUCUGAAGAAGUGUCAGGAGUCUUUGGAGACAGAGGCUCGACUCGUGGCACAAAAAGAUGCCAAACUAAAACAAGUGCAAAAAGAAGUGCAGGAACUGUUAGAGAAGCAAAAUGUCCUCCUAAAGACUUUUUGUGAAGAGAAGGAACAGACGGAGCGACUGGUGGACCAGCAGAUCCUGAUUGACCGCCUUCGUUGCGACCUCAUGGCAAUCCGGGGUAAAACACUUGGCACUUCUUGCAGAUCUCACCCCAGACCACACAUUGCCAGCUUAAUAAGACCCAGCUGCGGACACACAUUGAUCAGUAAGAUUUGUCCUGGUCUGCCUGGCGAGUCGCUGGAGAGGCUGAUGGCAACUUUUAAGGUCAGCAACCACCGCCUGCAGAGCCAGGAGGAGGUGAAGGACUUUUGUCCUCUGCUCAAGCAGAAGGCAGAGCUUCAAAGUCAAGAGAAGGACAACUUUGUUAGUGGGCUUGGCUGGACCAGCAGGCAGAAGAAAUCCGCCCUGAAAGAAAAACACCUUCGACCGGACCAAACAUCACUGCAAAGAAUUCAACAGAAAACCUGGACCAAGCGACAAGCUGCUGAGCACUGUCGUAUGAAAGACCUGAGACAGAGUCUGACUCAGAGGAGGAUCCAGAUGCUGUCAGCCAAUAUGGGCCUGAAAGAGGAGCUUGUCAGAGAAAUGGAAAAGACAGAGAAAGAAAUGCUUGGGGCGGUCCGGCACGACGCGGGCGAUCAAGGUGAGGACAAAGCUCUCACGUGGCUGUCGGAACAGACCAGACAGGCUCGCUUGGCACUGCAUCACAGCCUGCAGCACAUGGACCUAUAUAGGGCUCAGCUGCAGAAGACCCUCAGGCGGCCAAGCCCGGAAAGCAGCGACAACUCUGGAGAGUCAGAACUGGUGGAAAGCAUUCCAGAAAGUAGAAACAACCUGGGACCAAAGGCAAAAUUGUGUCUGCAGUCGUGUGAGUCGUGUUGGUUGGAUGAGGCCGUGGAACAUGAGCUACAAAGGAGUGUCACGCAGCAGGAGCUUGACAAGGAGUUAAGCAAGAGCGAGGAGGUGCGCCGGCGCAGAGAUGCGUUCCUUAAGCGCAAGAACUUGUUGGAGACUGAGAGGUUGUGCUCCAGUCAGGUUCUGAGUCAGAACCUGCUUCAUGUGUCAGUGCAAAUGGAAACACUGGAGGAAAAGCAAGCAUCCACGACGGAAUUGGAGAAGGAGAGAGAAAUGCUUAGAAAGAGGAGAGACCACCUGGAUUCACAGCUCAAGGACAGCAUGGUGCUGACCAUGGAGGAGGAGCAGUUGGAAGAAGCUGUGGAGGUUCUGGAAGCAGAGUUGGUCUUCAAGCAACAAUCAAUCCAGGACAAGCUGGAGAAAAUUCGGAGCUCGGCGUCAGGCCGGAGUGCGCACCUUUCUGACAUCAGCGGCAAGCUGAGGACGCUCUCGCAAGCUGAAGCGUCGGAGCUGCUCGUCAAAUACUUCAGUAAAGUAGUGGACCUUCGCCAGACGCAAACUUCUAUGAAUCUGUACUGCAAGGAGUUGGAAAUUGACUGCGCCGAGCAGGCAGAGGCGCGCGGACAGUUGGAGGCCGCUGUGCACAACAUGGCCUUGGACACCGACCGGCGACUCACUCAGCAGCAGCAGGAGCACCAAAAGAACAUCCGCUUCCUCAUUAGCAAGCUCAAACAAGACAACUCAUCAGAAGAGGCCCAGCAAGCAAUCAGGGAGCGACUGCAGAGUCUGGAGAAGGAGUUGUUCUUCUACAAGCACUGCAACCGCAAGCUGAGGAAGCAGCUCAAAGAAUCCCAGUGCCUUGACCAGAGCCUCCAAGAGACCCCACUGGAACUAAACGGGUCCAAAGAUGCCAGAAGGCGAUUGCGCCAGCAGAGCCCGUCGUCGUCCUCGUCGUCUGCCGAUAAUGCCAAAACCCCUGCGGAGCACCAGAUUAGCGCGCUGGCUCGUUGCCACGGUUACAGCGAGCGACGGCCACCUGCGCCGCACGGGACGCGGGCCAGUGUCGGGCCGCGUCGCAGGAAGCUGAGGGAACCGGCCGGGCCGGCGAAGGACUCUGUGGUGGACACCGGAAUUGAGAUGCUGUCGGACGAGUCGCUGGACGCGUCCACCGGCAGCGAAACUCCAGACUUGGGGCCCGUGUGAGGUCAGUCGGCCUGGACUAAGUUUUGAACAAAAUUGUGUUAAUAAAUUGUUAGGUCACUAAGAAUAGUACGAGAAAAUAAUCUUUAUUUUAGUUGUUAUCAUGAGAAUAAAAAUUCAUAAUUUCAAUUUGAAUAGUAGCGAAUUGGCCCGAAUAUAAGACGGCCCUGAUUAUAAGACGACCCCCUCUUUUUCAAGACUCAAGUUCGAAAAAAAGACUUUUUGAACACCAAAUUAAUUUUUAUUCAGAAAAUUACAGUACAUCCGAAACAAAUGAUUAUAACAAUAUAUUUGAGAGAAAAAGCAUGCUAUUUUGCCUCAUUCAAAUCUUAAUAUCUGACCAUUUAAAUAUGUAAACUAAAGUGCAAUCACAUUCGUAAAUGAAUGGCUUCUGGUUUUUGAAAUGUAAAUAAACCAAUCUAUUGUGAUAAAACAACAAAAAUGCAAUAACUGCAUUAACCAUCAAAGUGAAGUCUAACUGUAGUCUUGAAACAAAUCUGAAUAAGGAAAAACAUUGCAAUAAAAUAAUGCAAACUGGUUAAACUUGAGAGUAGCUGAGCUCUGUCAUGACAGAACAUCGCUUCAAUGAUAUCUGGCGCCAUCUAGCGUCGUGAAUUGGUAUAAUGUCUAGACCGCGAACACAAGACCCCCUGUUUUUCAGUCUUAUUUCAAUGCAAAAAACACCGUCUUAUAUUCUGGCCAAUACGGUACUAGGAUAAUUUGGGUGUAACAUGAGGAUGAGUAUAAAUACUUAUUAAUUUCAGUUUUAGAGAAAGAAUAUUAUUUUACAUGGUUUUUAGAUGUAGUUUUACAAGAAAGAAAUCGCUAUGUGAUUCUCAACUUCAUUUGAAAUAAUGUUGCCUAAAUUUUGUUGCAAAAUUGCAAACAAUUUUCAAUGAACUGUUACGGAGAGUAAAAAAAAUUACAAAUUUAAUUGUGAUUUUGUUAUUUAUACUAAUAUAUUAAUACGGUAUAAUUUGCAAUAUGAGGAAAAAUGUUUUUUAUUAAGCUAAUUUUAGUCAAUGUUACAAUGUAAUAUGAUCAUAUUUUUUAUUGCACUUGAAAAAUGUCUUUAUGUCCUGUUUCAGUUUCUGAAUAUUACAAAUAUAAUUUCUUACAAAAAUAUAUUAAAUUAACAAUAAAACUGAGUUCGAAAUGCUCAUGUGAGAAGUAUACACAGUAAUUAUGAUUGUUUUUGAAAAAUAACGACUGUUCCCUUGCAUCAUUUAAUCUAGUUUAAUGAGUUUUUUUGUUGUUGCAAUUUCACCCUUUGGAGUGUAGGCAUUGUCCAUUUUUGUUUUUUUAUUUUGUUGUUGCAAUACUUGCGUGAAAAGAAAUGCAGUCAUUAAACUACUUUUUAUGGGUCUAUUUGUUGUUCUAUAGCCUGUCGAAUCCAUAGAAUGUUGUAGAAUCCUAUUCAUUUGGUUUUAGAGCUGUCCCGACUAGUCGACGUCAUCGAUGGCGUAAAUGCGUCGACGGGCAAAACAUACCGUCGACGGGUAAUGACGGGUUAAAAAAAAAAAAAUUACAUGCGGAUAAACUUUAGAAUGGCGGGCACUACGGGCGAUGCAAGCGAUUGUUACUGGCACCCCCAAGGGGGCCGCUGUUAUUUAAAUAUGACCGGCAUUAUCAGAUUGAGUAAAGAGGAAGAAAGUGGGCGAGCGAGAGUGGGAGCGAGAUCGGUGAGUUGGGGAAAGUGCGCAGGUAGCACGGAGUUCAGUUGCUGCAUCCCCCACGUUUUUGUUUUGGUCAAUAAAAGUAUCCAUAAAGAGCCAUCCGAUGCCUCUUGGUGUUUUUAUGCACGCCGCCGCCUUCCUGAGGAGGAAAUCGGACAAACCGACGACAACGAGCCAAGUGAAUCGCCGGUUCACUCCUCAGUACGGCGAGGAGUUGAAAACACCGCCAAUGACCAAAAAGGGCAGAAUUGGUGACACGUGAAAGUGGCAUAAAGCCAAAAAAGCG